AUGCUCACCACUCUCAUCGCCCUCGCGGCCCUCACUCUCACAACCGCCUCCCCUCUCCACCUCGACGACUCCUCCCCCGCCUCUGAACAACCCCCAACCUCCUCAGCCUAUGGCUUCGCCCUCGUCGCCAACCUGACCGACCCCGACAUGGCCCGCAAUCUCUUCCUAGACGACAUUAACCACUGGUCCCUUCGCGGGGUACACGUCGGCGCCGGCCAAAGCACCGCGGUCCUCGCCAAGCCCAACACCACCUCCUCCUCCAGCCCGCACCAAAUCUACUACCAAAAUUCCACCGGCGGCAUCUCCCUCGACAACUCCAACCCCUCCCCUUGUCAAUCCGCCUCGGCGGCACCUACGACUCUGAUUUCCCCUCCGUUUUGUAUCUGGGCAUCUUCUUCGGCCUGUCCACACCCUCUCUCACCAUCCACUUUGAUCCCCCCGGCCACCCGCGCCUCUACGUCUCCUCCGCAGGCGCUAACUCACCCGAGGCAGACAAGCCAACUUCCCCUGGGUCGCCCGUCACGGAUGAGGAAGCGCCGGAACUGUAUCGUCAGGGCGCGUUCAUCGUGUGUAAUGAGACGGAUCCGGUUUAUACGAGGCCGCAGUAUCCCGUGA